GGACCGAGUGCAUAGAUAAAGUGGUACAGAGAGAGAGAGAACAGAAGGGCGAAUCAGGGAUAGCUUUUCGGUUCAAGGAUAGAUCCUCAGCAUCAGCAACGCCAUGAGUAACACCGAAAGCGAGCAGAGGUGCCCUUUUAUCUGAGGAGUGGGUGCGUGGUACUCAGGCUUCAAGCCACCGAAACCGAGUCUGAGAACAUUAUUAAGGAGCCAUGGGAUACUGCGGGAGGCACCCGUUUAUUAAUCUUCUGCUGUGCAUCCCAAUAGCCACCAGUUUCAGUCUUGCAUUGUUGGACAAACUGCUAAAUGAGACCGUCCAGGGCCAACUAUUACCUCAGCAAUGGAACCCAAGGGAAGUGUCAAACACAGCUUCCUGCGAUUUGGAAUCACCUUGUUCAUGGACUUUGUCCAACUACAGCAGUGGAGGGGACUGGCAUGUAACAAAGGCACAACGCAUGUCUGACACGCGGAGGGCUGAGCCGUCCACUGAUCACUCAGUCGGAGAUGCAGAUGGGCACCUCCUUCUGCUGACGGCCACUGCAGCAGAGUCAGCAGGACACUGCCAGUUCUUCAUAGCCAGUCCAAUGCUGCACAGCAGUGGGCCUCACUGUCAGCUGCAGCUCGCCCGGUACCAGACUGCGGGCAUUUUGGGGAACUUGACGGUCCAGGUCAAACCGAUGGACUCUGAUGUAGCCAAAAGCUCAACAUUUGUUGGCCACCAAGGGAAACACAGUACCAGGGAACAGUGGGAGGUGCUUAAAGCUCAUAUUGGCCUACAGGAAAAGCCCUUUCAGGUGAUAUUGCUGUACUCUACUUGUGGUGUGGAGAACUGGAGUUCACUUGCCAUCGACUCAUUACAGCUGAAAGACUGUGAUGCAGGGAACUUAAUGGUUGAUUGCAUAGAGGACUUGUCUUUCCACUGUGAAUUUGGGGACUGCAUAGACAAACGCAAAGUGUGUGACUUCCGCAACGACUGUCCCUUGGCUGAAGAUGAGGGUCCUGUGUGUGAUGCUCUGCCCCAGGGGUCCCAUUGCUCCUUUGAGACUGGUUUCUGUGGAUGGACCAUGUCCAGUGGACCCACUUUGUGGACUCUGAGCAGUGGAGAAAAGCUGGCCGCUGAAGAUCUGUUGGGAACCGCUCUUCAGAAAACAAAAGGUCACUUCCUGGUCUUGAGGGUGAGGAACACCUUUGCAGGUGGCAAGGCAGUCGUUCACGGUCCUCUGCUCCCAUUGAUGGUCAGCAGCACGGAGUGCCUGAUGCACUUUUCCCUCUACAUCUAUGGGGACAUAAUCUGCACAGUGUUGCUGUCAGUGGAGGGAAACGGUACUGCAGUAGUACCACUUUGGGAACGGUCUGGCCAUUGGACGGAUAGCUGGAUGAGCAUUACGCUGAAACUACCCAAUGUCCAAAACAGAUUCCAGCUUCAUGUUGAGACCCACUGGGGCCCAGGCUCUGUAGCUGACAUUGCUUUGGACAACAUCACGUUGGGUAUCUCCUGCUUUGACAUUGGUUUUGAUCCAGUGUUUCUCAGUCACAGUGUUCUGCAUGAGAUGGACAGCUUUGACGACCUGGACAUUCUCAGCCCUUAUAAAGAUCUUGAUGCUUCAGAGGUAACCUUAAAGACCUGGUGGUUUACCUCUUGUGGAGCCAGUGGACCCCGAGGCCCCACCCAGGCACAGUGUGAUAGCGCUUACCGGAACACCAACGUCAGCGUUAUUGUGGGCAGUGAGGGUCCACUCAAGGGGGUGCAGAUGUGGAAGGCGCCCGCUAACAACCGCUACCUUAUCUCAGCUUAUGGAGCAGCGGGAGGAAAGGGGGCCAAGAACCUCAACAGGCGAUCCCACGGCGUGUUCAUCUCAGCCGUUUUCACCCUAAAGAAGGGGGACAUCCUGUACAUUCUGGUGGGGCAACAGGGAGAAGAUGCCUGUCCUGGGAGGAAUCAUCUCUCAGAGAAGAUCUGCUUGGGCGAGUCCACCAUGAUUGAGGAUGAGGUCAGAGAUGGAAAGAUAGCAGGAGAAUGGGCUGGUGGCGGAGGUGGAGGGGGAGGGGCCACCUUCAUCUACUGGGUAAGACCCCUUUAUAAAUGGAGGCGAUGUGAUCAGUCACUCAUCCUGGCUGUGAACUUUCCCUCCCAGGCUGAGAAUGGGGUCAUGGUGCCCCUUCUUAUUGCGGCGGGUGGGGGAGGAAAUGCCUACCUGGAAGACCCUGAGAGCAGCCUGGACCACAUGAACCUGGAGCAGUACGACAACCACACAGUCGCAUCUGGGACCAACGGCAAAACCGGCGCUGCAGGCGGUGGUGGAGGAUGGAUGGGUGCCUCAAAUUUUGCCAGGGCUGGAAAAUCUCUUCUUGAGGGGGCAGAGGGGGGUACAUCUUGCCCCGAGGCCCUGUCCAGCCUAGCCUGGGCCACCUGUGGAGGAUUUGGAGGUGGAGGAGGUGCCUGCACUGCUGGAGGGGGAGGAGGUGGAUACAGAGGUGGGGACACAUCCCUCACUGAUAACAUCACUGCAGAUGGCCAGGAAGGAGUCUCCUAUAUACAUCCCAGUGGGGAGAUCUUUCUCCUCCCGUUAGCAGCCAUGGAGAGCCACGGCGAGGUGGAGAUCAAGGUGCAGCUGAACUGCACGCACUGUCAGUCCCAGAACUGCUACAGGAAUGAGGACACCAAGGUCACAAUCUGCCUCUGCCCACAUGGGGAGGUGCUGGCCAGCGACAACGUCACCUGCAUGGUCCCCACAGGUCUCGCUCUCGAAAGGAAUCCAUCUCUACCGCUCGUCUUGGCUGCGGUGGCCUCCACAGCAGUGACUGUCAUCAUCCUGACCUGCGCCAGUCUCACACUCAUCUAUUACCGAAAGAAGAACCGGCUUCAAGGAAUGAGAGUGCGUCUACAGAGUCCAGACUACAAGCUGAGCAAGAUCCGCACCUCCACCAUCAUGACAGACUACAAUCCCAACUACUGCUUUGCUGGCAAAGUGGCCUCCCUGAGUGAGCUGAAGGAGGUGCCUCGCAAGAACAUCACACUGCUCAGGGCCCUGGGCCACGGUGCCUUUGGUGAGGUGUACGAAGGCCAGCUGCUGGGACAUGGCGAUGACAAUAUGGCCAUGCAAGUUGCCAUUAAGACUCUUCCUGAGGUUUGCUCAGAGCAGGAUGAAAUGGACUUCUUGAUGGAGGCACUGAUUAUGAGUAAGUUCAGCCACCAGAACAUUGUGCGCUGCAUUGGUGUGAGUCUGCAGACCCUGCCACGCUUCCUCCUGCUGGAGCUAAUGACAGGCGGUGACAUGAAGAGCUUCCUCAGGCAGAACCGCCCCAAGACUGGCAAGGCCUCCUCCCUGUCCAUGCUGGAGCUGCUGCACAUGGCCAGGGACAUUGCCUUCGGCUGUCGCUAUCUGGAAGAGAACCACUUCAUCCACAGAGACAUUGCUGCGCGAAACUGCCUCCUUACCUGCUCUGGCCCCAGGAGGGUGGCCAAGAUCGGAGACUUUGGCAUGGCGCGGGAUAUAUACAGGGCCAGCUAUUACCGGAAGGGCGGCCAUGCCAUGUUACCUGUGAAAUGGAUGCCUCCUGAAGCCUUUUUGGAAGGGAUCUUCACCUGCAAGACUGAUACAUGGUCAUUUGGGGUGCUGCUGUGGGAGAUUUUUUCUUUAGGCUACAUGCCCUACCCUUGCAAGACCAACCAGGAAGUGCUGGAGUUUGUGACAAGUGGAGGCAGGAUGGACCCCCCAAAAAACUGUCCUGGACCUGUAUACCGAAUCAUGACCCAGUGCUGGCAGCACUGUCCAGAGCACAGGCCCAACUUCAGUACCAUUCUGGAGAGGGUCAACUACUGUACUCAGGACCCUGACGUCAUCAAUAUGCCCCUUCCAGUAGAGUAUGGGCCCCUGGCAGAGAAGGAGGUCAGUAUUGUUCCCCUGACAGAGGGAUCUGCAGCCUUGACUCCUCUGUUGACCCCAGAGCCCUCCCUGCCCUGGACCAUCCCUCCACUCCCUCAGGGCCGCAGCCCUUUGUCUCUGCAGCAAGUUCUGCCACACCAGCUUGAGGCAUGCUCACAAGCGGGCGCAUUGGAGGUGUCCUGGGUGGAGCCUGCUCUUUCCCCAGGGGCCGGAUCUGGAGCUUGGCUUCAAACAGACCAGCACUUGCCUGUUGCUGCUUCUUCCUCUGGAGGACAGAAGUUUAAGAACAAGACGAAGAACCUCUGGAACCCUACCUAUGGUUCCUGGGGGCUGGAAGGCUUUGGACGGGGAAAAACAGCUCUGUCACAGACUCAGUCCAUGCCUCUGUCUGGCACCCCGAGCAGCCCAUCAGCAACCCCCGCCCCCGAACGGGAUGACUCUGGAUUUGAUGGCAAUGGAAGCUCAUCACCCACCAGUUCUCAGGCUUCCCCCUCCUCAUCCUCCCCUUCAUCACUGCCUCCUUCCAGCCCCAAUGCUGCCACCAGCUCAGCUGCCACCACAAGUCCAAUCAAGAACCAAUCCACUGUUGGCACAGAGCUGGCCAAGUUACAGAGUUUUCCAUGUGGCACUGUAAACUACGCCUAUGAGGACCAGAACUAUGAGGCUAACAACCUCCCACUAGUGGUCACCAGAGUCCCAGUAGCCAGUUCAAACCCUGGUCCGUCCAUAUCCUGGUCAGGUAUCUCCGUUUCAAGGAUCUCCAAGCCUCAUGUGAAGCGCCACGCCAGUUAUGGGCAUGAAGACAUCAAGCGGUACACCAAGCCGGAGAAGCCUACUCGUGACAGGGACUCUGGCCUCUCCCUCUCUGAGGACCUUACCGUCAUGCCAGUUUAAUGGCACAGAAUGACAUUGAAUAUAUUGGGAUACGCUGGAAUCCAUCCAACACCUCACGCUGCAAUGGGCCCCAGCAGCCUUAUUUACAGUCAUCGCUUACUUUUCUCUGCCAUUUUUGUAGAGUUAUUGACAUGCCAUCCAUUGUCCAUCCAUUUAUCACAAUCAGGACCACAGGGAGGGCCUAGAGCCUAUCCCAGGCAGCUUAGGCAACAAGGCUGGGGUACAGACUGGACGGGAUGCUCGUCAAUCACAGGGCACAUGCCAGCACACACUUAUUCAUGGUCAUACACUACAGGCUAUUUAGAGAUAUCUGUGAGUCUAACUGCAUCUCUUUGGACUAUGGGAGGCAACUUCUGAUGGUUCGCCAAGUAGAAUGCAGGUGGCCUGGCCAUGGUAGAGGAAGUGAAGGACUCAUGUCUUACUAGCUUGUGGGAGUUUUGCUUACACAAAAAUGUUCUGAGGGCAGAAGG